AUGUGUUUGCCAGUAUCCAUGAACUCUGCACAGCCAACGUGUGCCAGUACUUCUACUCUUGGCGUCGAUGAUCCGGCAAACAUCGGACUUCCUGAUGACAACUGUCAUCAACAGUUCCAGCUUAAAGACUGCGGCACAUCAUUCCUUGGCAAUCCAACAAAUCUAUGUACAAUAUCCGAUCCAGUUGUCGACACCAAUCCGUAUAUGCAGUACCAGUUCGCUGCAGGAGCUCAAAUGGCAUAUUUCAAUUCGUUUAUGAAAGCUACCCAGACCAACAAAGAUUGCAGUGUGGCACUUCGUUCGCAACAGCAACGGCGGAAACCACGAGUUCUGUUCACCCAACGUCAAGUGAAUGAACUGGAGGAACGGUUCAAAAGGCAACGCUAUGUGACUGCCGGUGAGCGAGAAGAACUGGCUAAUCGUCUUGGUCUCAGUGCCACACAGGUAAAAAUUUGGUUUCAAAACCGCCGCUACAAAUGUAAACGACUUGCACAAGACCGAACGUUACAACUCAGUCAAUUGCCAUUCACUCCAGUGAGUCCUAAGAUUGCGUCCCUUUUGCUUUGA